GUUGUGGUUCCGCUUUGCUUUCUUUGCAUGCAACGGCGACGGGGCCAAGUGUGCGUGUUUGUUUUUCACGUUACGUACACAUCGCUACACAAUUGCGGCGAACGCCAAACAGCGGGCUUGGACACAAGCGUCGCCAGAGGGAUAAUCUGAGGAGCUGGCUGUAUUUGUGUUGGCACCGGGACUGGGGCAGCCGGGGAUGUGUGUGCGGGGCACCGCGCCUGGGGACUGAGUUACAAGUGUAGUUCGAAGUUGGCAAGGCAUGCAUCUGGAUUCACGGUGGUGAUGGUUUUAGGCAAGCGUUAUAUUGACCCAUAAAGUCUCAUUAUAGCAAAAGGGGUUCGCAAUGUCGUGGCAGGAGUGAUGAUUCCACAACCCCAUCUCAGUAAAGGAUAGCCGAUGUAGCUCUCUCCAGACUCCCGCUUGUGGGGUGACCCAGGCGGUUCGGGACUUAUGUUGGCUCUUGGUCGGUUGGUAGCCGUUUUAAGAUAUUGCGUUUGACUGCUCGAGUGAGUUUCAUACUGGCGAGUCGGUGCCCUCCUCUGCGUGUCACACGGGGCGUCUUUCCGCAUCGUAAUACGAUACAGCGAUAAUCUGCAGCUCAGCUCAGCAUGUGAAACCUGUCCUGUCCUGUCCGGGCCCUUCCAGGAUAGAAACUCAAGCUCUGCAGGAGAACGUCCCCCCACCUGGGGACGACCUAUGCAGCCUCAGUCGUGGAAUAUUUCCUUUCAUAACCGGGCGACUGCCUGGAGACGGAGCGCCAUGACGGAGGCCGUCGCUCCCAAGUUGUGCUCGCUGGAGGAGGAGCUGCGUUACUGGAAGGAGGCGGCGGAGAAGUACCGGCAGAGCGCGGAGGAGGCCCAGGACGAGCUGCAGGAGUUCCAGCAGAUGAGCCGGGAUUACGAGCAGGAGCUGGAGGCGGAGCUGAAGCAGUGCGAGGCGCGGAACCGCGAGCUGCUGACGCACAACAACCGCCUGCGCAUGGAGCUGGAGACCUACAAGGAGAAGUUCGAGGCCCAGCACUCGGAGGCGUUCAGGCAGAUCUCGACUCUGGAGGGCGACCUCGCCGAGACCACGGCCGUCAGGGACCAGCUGCAGAAGUACAUCAGGGAGCUGGAGCAGGCCAACGAUGACCUGGAGAGAGCCAAGAGGGCCACCAUCAUGUCCCUGGAGGACUUUGAGCAGCGGAUGAACCAGGUGAUCGAGAGGAACGCCUUCCUGGAGAGCGAACUGGAUGAGAAGGAGAACCUGCUGGAGUCCGUGCAGAGACUCAAGGACGAGGCCAGGGACCUGCGCCAGGAGCUGGCCGUGCAGCAGAAGCAGGAGCGCAGGCCCUCUCUGAGCGCGGCGGCCAAGGAGGGAGAGAAGGCCGAGUCGCCGGCGCGGCCCCCAUCGGCGCUCCCUUCCUUGCCGGGCACUCCCGGGGGGCCCCGCAUGACCCCCAGCACCUUCGCCACUCCUCCGUCCUCCUACCGCCGAGGCGACGGGCUCACCGGUACCCCCCUCACCACCUCGGCCCGGAUAUCUGCGCUCAACAUUGUCGGGGAGCUGCUGAGGAAAGUGGGGAACCUGGAGGCGAAGCUGGCUUCCUGUCGGGACUUCGUUAACGACCAGUCGCCUGGCCGCCUCGCGCCCUGUAACCGAGCCGGCAGCGCUGCUCCCUCGAGAGAGAGCCCCGAAAGCAAGGCCGCCCCCAACUGUCUGCCGCUCUUCGACAAGGGGUGA